CAAAAUUGUUAGUACUAUUUUCUCUCAUCAUUUUCCCGAGAAAAAGGUCAGUUUUCUUUUUCAAGCAAAUGGCAAAUCUAAUUUUCUCUCUUAAAACAGCGCUGAUAUCAACCGGAAUCAUAUCGUUAGCGGUUUUGUUUAAAGUCUCAGCUCCGUUUGUGAAUGAGUUUGUAACGUGUGGUAUUCCUUCAACUUACGGUUUAUUGCUUUCUUUUCUUCGGCCUCCGUACCUUUACCUUCUUAUCAACUGCAUCAUCAUCUGCAUCGUCGCAUCUUCCAAGUUCCAGGUGCAGAAGCCUGAGUCUACUCAACUCAAUCCUUUGCCGGAAAUAGUUUCUCCGACGUUCAAGGUUUCGAGUGAAGUGUUUAGUAACGAGUUCAGCUAUGGAACCGCUGCAGCAAGAGGCGAGGUGGAGGAAGCUUUGAAGAUGGCGGAAGAGAGUAAGCGAACGGUUGAGGAGGAGCAGUUUAAGGUGGUGGUGGCGGAGGCGGCGCCAAUGAGGAGUGAGUCUAUAGAGCUUGUGAGUUUGUUGGAGGGGAGAUCGGCGGAGAAGCCGCCGCUGUCGAAGAGAUUCGGUCAGCGGAAAGCUGUGAAAACGGCGGCUGAAGGUAAAGCUUUGAGAGUGGCGAAGCCAAAACGGCACGAUACAUUGGAGGCGACGUGGAAGACGAUAACGGAGGGCCGUCCGAUGCCGUUAAUACGUCACCUGAAGAAAUUCGACACGUGGGAACAACGUGCUCAAAAGGACCUCGAUACCCCUCCCCCUCCUCUCCCCAACGCCAUGAAGAAAUCCGAUACCUUCAACGAACGCACCAAGGAAUCAUCACUGACUCGAUCUUCUGGAUCGAGCAAACUCAAGAGAGACCCAUCGCUGAGUCAAGACGAGUUGAACCGCCGAGUGGAAUCGUUCAUUAAGAAGUUCAACGAGGAAAUGAGGUUGCAGAGGCAGGAGUCUCUGAUUCAGUAUCAGGAAAUGCUUAGAAGAGGGGCAGAGUAGAGAAUUCAGUACUUAAAAAGUAAAAUUACCUUUUUUUCAGUGAGUUAAAUAACGCCUGCUUCAUAUAAUUUUUUUCCUUCA